AUGCAGGAUGGGAAGUGGCUCGGCGAGAGGUUCGGCGAGAUUCACGGCGUGCCUGUUGGGACAGUUUUCGGAGCAGGCGACUAUCAGCGGCUCGGACGGCAGGAGAUGAUGGUGUCGGGCUUCUUUCGGCCAUUUGUGACUCCGGAGUGGUGCACUCCGGGUGUCGGAUGCUUUGCAAUCAUCGUCAACAACGACAACGGCGCCUCGCAAGACCGAGGGGACAGCAUUCUGUACGCCGGAUCGGGUGGCCGCCGCCGCGGGCAGAACCGGACGGCGCUGCAGUCGUUUGACCAGGACUGGACCAACGCGACCAACUCCGCAUUGCGCCUCAACUUUGAGGCUGGCGAGCCGGUGCGCGUCGUUCGCGGCCCAAAGCUGCUGGGAGCCCAUGGCACGGCGGAGAGCGGAGGCGGCUUCCGCUAUGAUGGCCUUUUCCGGGUCGCGUCGGCGGAGAUGGUGCGUUCGCCGACCUCCGGGCUGCUGACGGCCAUGUUCGAGCUGCGAAAGGUGUGCGGCGGGGAGGCGGAGGGAGCGCAGGCGGGCGGUGUGUCGGCGUGA